AUGUUGCAUGGGAGCACUUCAGAGGGUAGUUCCUCCUCUGCCCAGUCCAGCCGGCAGGUUGACGAGGCCGCUGCAUCCAGCGGGAAGGCGGGUCGCAGGCGCAAGCGUCCCGUUCAAGACGUCAUCGAGGGCUCUGCACAAGUGGAGGGGGAACCUGACGCACCCCCGGUGCCAUCAUCGGACGACGAUCCAAACAAGGUUCUCCCAAAUCAUAACCCACGCCGCACUCAAGACGAAGAUGGUGCGGAAGCCGACAACAAUACUGAGGCCGACGCAGAAGGGGACGACGCCUGCGCGGAAGGUGCUCCUAAUGACACACCAGUCACGCGCGAGGAGCUGCAUAGCAUGAGGGAGCUCCAUGAAGCCACGGCACGUGCGAUUGCAAGGCUGGAGACGGCGUUCCUUGCAAAACCAAAGGAAGACGGCAAAAAUAAGAAGAGGAGGAGGCGAAAGCGCGGCUCCGGCAAGGGAGAGCGCCGGAAGGCGCGGAGGGCACGCUCUACGUCCGAUACGGCGUCCGAUGAGGAGGGGGACUUCGACGACGAGGACGAGGGCCACCUUCGACACUCCACAUCUGCCAUUAUGCAGGAGGCGCUCGACCUCCUCCCGGCCGACAAACCCUGGAAGGCCCGCAUCGAGCUGUUCAUUAGGCACUCCAACUCGCAGCUGACGUUCUACCCCAGCAGCGCAGCCAAGACAUGGGCCAUCUGCGCGGUCGUGGAUAACCUGACAGAGAGCUACGCAAGCGUUGCUCUCGCUGCGUGCAAGGCACGUCGGAUCGACCUGAACAGGUCGUUCAGCGACUGGAAGACUGGUGCGGCAGGAAGAGUUCGCGACAUCUCGCUGCCUAAGAUUGGACUGUUUCGACACGACCGAGACAUGAAGAGUCCCUGGGCGAUACGGGCGAGGCGCACCCUGUCCCGAAUCCGAGAUAGGGUCGGCCUUGGAGACGUGCCUGCGGGUAAGGACGAGAGUGCAUUGCACAUGCAGAGGUAA